GCGGGUAGUAGUUAUAGUAAUAGGGAAAGUGCGUUAAAGAGGGUGCGAGAAGAGAGGCGGUGCGGGCGUUAUAAAGAGACUGGGUAUAACGCGCGUACCUAUAAAGUAGAUAUUAUUAGUACUAGUAAUAGCGAUAGAUCUAAGAGGUAA